AUGGCAGCGAGGGUAGGACUGGCCAUGAAUCCGCCGCAUUCGACGGAAGAAAGAGCGGUUUUCACGCAGCUGAAGCCGGUCAGGAUGCCGGGGGCGGACGGCGCUGAGGACGCAUCCGUGUUUGAGGACGUCAAACCCGGGAUUCGACUAGAGUUGGACAAAUACCUCCCCCAUGUCAACAGUCCCCUCUUGAGUAACCUGAUUGACACAGUGGACAAGAAAUACAGACGAGAUAGUGCCUCUACAGUCGAUGAGUACUUCUCAGAGGACAAACCUAGUGCCCCUUACAGUCUCAACAUCAACGUCAUCCUUCCCAGCACCACUCACCUCCGCACAGGCCUCUAUCGGCCGAACAACAAGACUCUCACAGCGCAUCAGAUCAAGAUAGAGCCCGGGCUGGAGGUGCCCUGCUCCAUCCCCAUCACCACCACCACCCAGGCCCUGCCAGAUUUCACCUCUGUCUUCAGUGUGCCGCCUGUGGUCAACAAUGCUUUUAUCAAACCAGACAUGAGCUCAUGUGUCAGCCAUGUGUCUGCAGGGUCCCAGCAGCAGCAGCAGCAGCAGCCAAAUCUGGACACAGAGCUUCACAUUGGACCCCCGGCCCCCCAGCCACAGGUCUACCACAUGCCCACCACCAGCUGUGCAGACCUCACCAUGACUCUGUCCCACACCAGUCCGUCGGCACAUGCCUCCACGAGUGGCAGGACCAUGCUGAACCUCGGCAACGUUGCAUUGCAGACAAGCAACAACAACUACAUGAUUGCAGAGCACCAACUACAACAGCACCAUGGUUACUACCAAGCAUCUCCGAGCAACUCGUCUCACCACACAGCGCCCCACAGCCUGCCACCCUCACCCCCAAACUCUCAGCCAGGGAGCCCAGACGGUCAGGCAGAGCUGCUCAGCGCCCAACUUCUGGCUCCAUACCAGCAGCGUCUUGGAGGGAUAAAGUUGACGGGGUUGUCCCCACAUGCCAUGCUGAUGACACAUGGCCAGGGUGUCCUGACGGGUCCCAAAUACAACAGGCGGAACAACCCAGAGCUUGAGAAGAGGAGGAUCCACUUCUGUGAUUACCAAGGCUGCUCCAAAGUUUACACAAAGAGCUCUCAUCUGAAGGCACACCAAAGAACACACACAGGCGAGAAGCCGUACCGUUGUACAUGGGAGAACUGCGACUGGCGUUUCGCCCGAUCGGAUGAGCUCACCAGACACUACCGGAAACACACCGGAGCCAAACCCUUCAAGUGCAUUGCCUGCAGCCGCUGCUUCUCACGCUCUGACCACCUGGCCCUGCACAUGAAGCGUCACCAGAACUAACACAGACAUGCCUGUAUAUACAUCCAUCACAUCAUCAGACCCAAAUACAGCAGCAUCCAUGCAUGAAAGCUAACAGUUUCAGUACCAAAAUCAUCUCUGUGCACUGAGUUUCUCGUGGUGUUCAGUGCUGAUGUGCUUUGAAUGAUCGUAGGCACAAACACAGGUAUAGUGGUGAUGAUCACUUCCAUGUUGCUCAACUGGUUGGUCAGGGCUCCUGUCCAAUGGAUGGGUCUGAGGGAGAUAGAGUGAGCUGUCUUAGUUAUUUUAUGAUGUCCUGGAGGAACUCCUUUGUGGCAGGUGAAAAGAGGCAGACUCAGAGGAUCACCUGUGGUGUACCCCUCAUAAGCCAACAGGGAGUGCACUCAAUAGUGGGAAUUAGAAGGGAAUAGAGAAGUUGAAGGCAAGGUUUUGAAUGAUCUUAUAAGAAUAUUUGUUGUGCACAUUUGGUUUCACUUCUUAUUGAAACAAUGUAGAUCCAUUCAGUUGCAACAGAGCUGUCAUGGCUAUAACAUGCAAUAUUUCAGAGAUAAUACCCGUCAUCUGCUGUCAGUUAACACCGUAUUUGCUGAAGUCUCAACACCAGAGCCAAUGAUCUACCAGGGACUCAGAGAUGAUUUUGGUAUCUGUUCUCAUCACUGAACAGAUGAGGUGUGUUGAUAAAACAUGCACUCGUCCAACUAUAAAUAGCCACAUUCUCACACACUUGACAUGCAUUGAUUACUGCAAUUGUAACAGUCAUAUGAACUGUUGUGUCAGGCUCCUUCAAAGCAUUUGGGACUCCUUACGAUUACAUCAUGGAAACGCUUUCUUCUUUGAAACGACAACAAAAGAACUAUUUGUAUUCCUGCUGUCAUCAUCACUGUCAACAUUUUUUUUGUUAUCAUUUUGAGGUAUGAACUUUAAAGGAGAGGUGAUAUAUAUCCCUCUGUCCUGCCUUUGUAAAUACUUGUUUAUAUAUGUGUGCAUAUGUGAGAAUACAACGAAUGUAUUGAAAUUUAUACUUGACAAGCUUUUCUUCUUCUUUUUUUUACAUCAAAUCUUAAUAUGAGUAAUAUUCCAUGUUGAAACCUCCUUUUGUUAUAAUCUCCCUUUAAGGGCCUUAAAGAAAAAAAGAGUAAACAAAUAAUCAACAGACACAAUCAUAGAACUCUCCAUGGAAAAAGUUAAUAAUCGCCUAGUUAUGCUCGUUUCAGCACAGGUAAUACCUGUCGAGCUCAGAGAGAGGAGCAAUUUGCCAAUGUUUGUAUCCAUGACAUUACCCGUUGCCGGGGCGACCAAUCUCCUCUGACGAUAGUUUGCGGUUUGCUUGCAGUUCUGCAGUUUUUUUUUCUUCUUCUGUAUUUGUUCAACACUUCAACUGGAGAAAGACAGAUGGGUGGAUAUACCUGUUAUGUAAUCACUCCUGAUUGUUUUUAAUGUACGGUGCGGCUGCUAAAUCACACUCUCAAGGAUUGCAGAGUCAGUCCUGUUGACUGCAUGAACGACAGGUUGACAUUCACUUGAUUGCGUGACAUUAAUUGUCAGCUCUGGCUUGGGGCUUUAAAAAAAAAAAAAGGAAGGAUUUUCUGCCAGCUCAGGAUGCCCCCACAUUUUUGUGCUAUGGCAUAGCUUGUACGCUUGCCAAGGGCAUGAAGUACGUGCUCACAAUGCUGCACAGUACAAAUCAAGUUUCCAUUAACUGAAACAGUCAAUUUCACAAUCUUUGUUCUUCCUGAACAUCCUCAGUUACCUGUUCACUUUUAAAUAGAAUUACUGGAAUAAUCAGAACAAACAAACACUUAAAAGGUUGAUUAGUAAAUCUAAACGUUCCCCGUAUGAGAUUCCUUGUUAAACAAAGUGAGCUGCUUCUCUGUAUACUUACAACAAAUUUAAAUUUUCCAGUUUCUCAGGGCAAUAACUGAAAUUUAAAUGUCUUCCAGUGGAGCUUGUGUAGUGAUCAAUGACAUGCAGUCUACAGAAAUGUCUGCACCAUUCAGAAGCAGUGAAAUACUUGGCAAUUAAAUGUGGUUUAAUAUUUGAUUCUAAACCAUUUUAUCAGUUUUUACCCACACCUGAUCUCACCCUUUCUUACUGUUUCUAGCACUUUGUGAGUCAGAAUAGCAGGAAAACACAAGAUCUGUCACCCCAGUGAUGCGUACAGAGAUCCAUGUAAAGGAACAAAACUGUGUGUGUUAGGAAUGUCAUGUCUUGUCAUUUUUAGCCGCUCCAAUAGACUUUAAGAGCAGAAAAUGUGUCAUUGCCUUGAAACAAGUAGCUGAUAACUAAUUCAAAAAAAAUCUGAUUUAAUGUUUAUCAUGCCAUAUUUCCAAAAGGGAUUUUUUUCAUAGUAAUCGUUCUACACCUGUUUAGGAAAAGAACCGUACAGCAGCAGCACAUUAGACCUGCAGAUGUAGACAUGUCAGUUUCCCCCCUACAGGCAAAAAAGUCAAAGCUGAAAUUGCACCAAAUAAUAAUUUAACAUCAACCUCUGCAUCUUUCGGCCUUUCUUUAAUUAUUAAAAUGUAAUAUAUACAACCUCAAAAACACUAGCUGUUUAAAGAAAGAACUACAGUUGCAGAACUCUUUGCCUGCAGGUUGGGCAGCCAUGUCUACAUUUGUAGUGUUAAACUGCUACUGUUAGUUUUAUUGGCUAUUGGUGGCGCUGCUUGGGCUGACAGGCCUGACCCUGUUGUUCUUGUGCUGAGGCUGUAGGCUCCACCCACCUGCUCCAUAAAAUCAUGUGUGAAGCAUUGAUUGAUUCAUUUGGCAGAAACACAUCCUCUUAUUUCUACACUAUGAUUUUUUUUUUACUUUACUUUUUUAAGAUUCAAGUUCUCCUCUCUCUCUCAAGGAGGGAGCGCUGACCACCCACUGUGUACAUAACUGUAGUUUUAGACUCAACAGAAGCCUUUGUAAAUAUUUGUUUGGUUUUAUUUCCUAUUAUAAUAUUAAUAUUUUUUUAACUAAUGGGAUUUUAGAUCGGUUGUAUGUGAAUGCUUGUUUAAUUUAGUUUUGAUACUUGAGUAUAAGAGAGUUUAUCAGUUUAUGUAAAAACAAAUUGAUAAGAACAACAAUGGUGUAUUUUUGUUUUUUGU